CCCGGGUGCGCACCGACAGUCUGUCUGACUGCAACAGCAGCGCACAUCUGUCCCGACUCGUCCUUGUCGAGGAUAAAUGAGGCUUUAACGUGGUUUGUAUCUGCCGUCUUUGCUGCUCUCUCGAACUAUAAGUUCCAUUGCUUCCAUCCCCGCGCAGAAGGACGUAAAGAGGAGUAGAACUUUUAGCGGACCUUUUUUUUUUUUUUUUUUUUUUUCGGGACCCAUUACAGGAAUCCCAGUUUGAUACCGUGUCCAGUGGGAGUGGAUGUGUGCGGUGCAACUUUGCAAGCCCGGCAGCCCGUGAGGAGGGGAUGUGGAUAGCGGAGUGGCGAUGAGGACUGAAGUCAGCUUGCUGGGCUAAACAGAACCGAACCACACCGCACCAACAGAAUGCGAGUGCGGGGCCCUUGUAUGUGCGGAGUUGGUGUGUGGAGUCUACUGCUGUCUCUUUGUCUGGCCUCCCUCACUCAUGCACACAGGAGCCACACAGUGCACGUCAAGGCGGGCACGUGCGAGGUGAUCGCUGCCCAUCGCUGCUGUAACAAGAACAAGAUCGAGGAGAGAUCUCAGACUGUCAAAUGUUCCUGCUUCCCUGGACAGGUUGCUGGCACCACUCGGGUCAUGCCCUCCUGUGUUGACGCCUCUAUUGUCGCCCAGAAGUGGUGGUGUCAGAUGCAGCCCUGUAUGGAAGGGGAGGAAUGUAAGGUUCUUCCAGACCUUACAGGAUGGAGCUGCAGCACAGGCAACAAAGUCAAGACCACGAAGGUCACCCGAUAGUUUUGCCUGCCUCUGAAAAGGAAGAGUCCAGCUGUGGUUGAGGUGAUCGUAGACAACAAAAUGGACUUCAGCGAUUUUCGGUGGGUUAGUUUCUCUAAAAAGAUCCAAGCAGUGCUGCCUGGAAAGACAAGACUUACGCCGCCAUCACCUGGAACCCAACUGACUCCGACGGUGUCGCGUGGUGCUUUGCUGCAAAGGACUGCGUAACACAACACUAUGAAACAAAUGAACUAUGACCUAAAAAAUACUGAGCAAAAGACAUUUCCCCCCUCCAGAAAGCUGUUAUAUUAAAACCUCUUCUAUGACUUAGUAGUGUUCCGUAUACAUACAGGGAAUUAUGAAUUAUUUGAAAAUGAUCAUAUUCCUGUUUACACUAUAAAAUUAAACACUUGUGCAAAACAUCAAAAUGUUUCCUAAUAUUAAAACAUGUCUCGCUUUGCAAGUGUGACCUUUGUAGGAAUAAUUUACCUUCAAUAGUUUUUAUAUUUAUUUUAAAUUGAUAGUCUUAUUUAUGUUUUGGUUUUUGGACAAAGGAUAACAUCUGUUCAAGAGUGAGAUUUGACAAAUAUCGAGUAGAUGUUAUGUUAUACAUGUAAAAAUGUUCCAUGGAAUAAGUUGGGCUACAAAUAAAUUGAUCAUCAAAUGGUUUUAUUAUCUGUGUUUUUAAACGCCUGUUAACCGCUAUUGAGUACAUGUGUCAGUAUUACAUGAAAUAAAUAAAGCCUUUCAAAAGGAAAU